AUGGAUUUGGAUGGAUCAAAAUUCAAAAAGGACUGGUCCGACCACGCCCUGUGGUGGCCCACGCGCAACAAAUGGCUCUCCCGUCCCAAGCACACCCUCGACCAGUACGGCGUGCACGCCGACGCCGCCCUCCACUUCACGCCGAUGCACAAGCCGCUGCGGAUCCAGCUCCCCGACCUGAGAUACAUCGACUGCAAGAUCGACUUCUCCAUAGACACCUUCAGCGCUGUCGUGCAGUUGUGCAAGAACCUCGGCAUACGACACCCGGAGGAAUUAUCGCUGUACUAUCCUCUUGAGCCUUCGCAUCUAAAGCAGAACUAUCAGAACUUGAAGGAGGCAAAGAGAAUAAAGUCCUCACAGCCGCCGGACACAAAUACCUUCAUAGCAGCAACAAGAGGCUCGUCAAACAGUCUCGACAGGUCCAACGGACCCUGCCCAGCCACGCCACCACCGCCGAGGUCACUAUCUGCUACGCCGGUUGCGUCAAAUCACAAUGGCACAAUCCGUCGCUACGGUGGUCAUAUCUAUAGCACCCAGAGCGACGGGUCAAGUGACGGGGGUUACUGCGGGACCCCGCCUCGUGCCUCCUCUCUUGACGCACUUGACGCCUUGGGUGAACUGUCGCUCGCCGACUCUCCUUUAGAACCGGACUCGCAAUCCAGGGAAUCUCUACUCACCCCCAAGUCUCUGAUGGAACGCGCCAGAAUGAACGUAGGAUGGUUGGAUUCGUCGCUCUCCAUCAUGGAACAGUACGUCCGAGAAUGGGACACCCUUCAGCUGCGCUUCAAAUUCUACUCGUUCUUCGACCUGACCGCACGAGCGCACGACGCGCCCAGGCUCAACCAGCUGUACCAGCAGGCGCGCUGGCAGAUCCUGAACCAGGAGGUGCAUUGCACUGAGGAGGAAAUGCUCCUGUUCGCCGCACUACAGCUGCAAAUCGAGCUGCAGACCCUCGCCGGCGGCAGCGUGGAGGCGGCCGACGGCGCGCAGACCGCCGCCGCCGCCGCCCCCGAGGACGAGAUCGACGCCGCCCUCAGCCAGCUGCAGGAGCAGCUCGAGGGCGGCCCGCCCGCCCGCCACGACAUCACCCACGUGCCCGAGCUCGCCGACCAUCUCAAGUACCUCAGACCGAAGCGCUUCACGCUGAAGGCGUACAAGCGUGGCUGGGUGUCGUGCCGCGACGGAGUGCUGCGCAUACAUUCAUCAAGCGAUGCGGCCGCUCGCGGCGAUCCGCCCUCCUACGCCGUGGAACUCCGAGGGGCUGAGGUUACCCCGGACGCACAUCCGGCUUCCGGAAGAUACAGCAUCAAACUGGAAGUGCCGGCCGAGGAUGCAAUGCACGAGAUGUGGCUGAAAUGUGAUGACGAGGAGCAGUACGCGAAGUGGGUGGCCGCGUGCCGGCUGGGGGCGCGCGGGCGCUCUUUGGCGGACGCGGCGUUCGCGAGCGAGGCGGGCGCGGUGCGCAGCCUGCUGCGGCUGCAGCGGCCGCAGCCGGCCGCCGCGCUGCACCAGCACAGCGUGCCGCACCUCGAGCACCUGCAGCCGGAGAACUUCCUCGCGCCGCGCUUCCUCAAGAAGCUCAAGGGCAAGUUCACACAGCGUGUGCUGGAGAGCCACGCCAACGUCAAAGACCUCCCGCUGCUGGAAGCGAAGCUCCAGUACAUAAAGACCUGGCAGAACCUGGCGGACUACGGGCAGACCCUGUUCGUGGUCCGAUUCAUGGGCCACCGCAAGGACGAGAUCAUAAGUAUCGCGAACAACCGCAUCAUGCGUCUCGACCCCAGCACAGGGGACCACAUCAAGACCUGGCGGUACAGCACCAUGAAGGCUUGGAACGUGAACUGGGAAAUUAAACACAUGAUGGUACAGUUUGAGGAGGGCAACAUCAUUUUCUCUGUUCAGUCGGCAGAUUGUAAAGUAGUCCAUGAAUUCAUCGGAGGAUACAUCUUUCUGUCCAUGAGAUCAAAAGACGCAAACCAGACGCUCGACGAAGAAUUGUUCCAUAAACUUACUGGUGGAUGGACG